AUGAAAUCAGCCAGCCCGAGGGAAGACCACCUCCUGAAAAACUCAGACGUCUCUGCAGUCGAAUCCCUUGUGGCAGGCUCCAUCUCAGGUGCCGUGGCGAGGGCCAUCACUGCUCCGUUGGACACGAUCAAGAUCAGAUUACAGCUUCUGCUCACGCAUGACAAGAAUAGCACGUUAUCCCUGACUGUGAAGAAGCUUCUAAGAAGGGAGGGCGUCACGGCGUUGUGGAAGGGAAACGUCCCUGCCGAGAUCCUCUACGUCUUGUACGGCGCAUCUCAAUUCACGUCAUACUCCAUGCUCAACAACGGCCUUCGUGACCUUCAGGACUCGCUGGGCUUUUCCAUGAGUCGACUGCUCCAUACAUUUACUGUGGGCUGCGGUGCUGGCUUGGCAAGUACCGUGUUGACAUACCCUUUCGACAUGCUUCGAACAAGACUAGCCGCCAGCGAGGCUAAACAGUUCUUGUCCAUGUCAAGAGUCGCCAAGGACAUCUACAGGGACAAAGGCGCUUUGGGUUUCUUUGCAGGAAUCCGGCCCUCCCUCCUUUCGAUCGUUGCCUCUUCAGGCCUCUUCUUCUGGUCGUAUUCCCUUGCCAGAAGCACUACAGACAAAAUCCACGAACAAUUCGGGUACCGCAUUUGGGGCGUUGAAGCCGUCUGUGGCUUCAUUGCAGGCUCUACAGCCAAGGCCAUCACAUUUCCCUUGGACACCCUACGAAAACGAAUGCAAAUCUCACACGAGCGGAAUGGCUUCAGAGUAUUCAGCGCAAACUACAGAAACCACGGCUUAUUUGGGUUUUACCGUGGUUUCCUCGUGUCGCUCAUGAAGACAGCGCCUACAAGUGCCAUUUCAGUCUUCGUCUACGAGUACUCCAUUAGCGCUACCAGAAAAGCCCGCAUCCUUCUCUAA